AUGGCCCAAGGGCUAGAGCUGGCCCUCACCGACUUCCAGAGCUCCCGCAACAACGUGCGGCACCACACGGAGGAGAUCGCCGUGGACCGCCUCCUCGUGCGCCGGGGCCAGGCCUUUGUCAUCACGCUAUACUUCAGGAACCGCGGCUUCCAGCCGGGCCUGGACAACAUCAUCUUUGUGGCUGAGACGGGACCUCUGCCAGAUGUGGCCAAAGGAACUCGGGCCGUGUUCAGCCUGGCAGGUCGCGGUGGGCCCAGCCCCUGGAUCGCGGCGCUGGAGAACAAUCGGGCCACGUCCCUGGAGGUGAGCCUGUGUGCGCCCCCAGUGGCUGCUGUGGGACGCUAUCUGCUGAAGGUUCACAUCGACCCCGUCCAGGGCUCUGCCACAGCCUACCAGCUCGGGGAGUUCAUCCUGCUGUUCAAUCCCUGGUGCCCAGGGGAUGCUGUCUAUUUGGACAGCGAGCCUCAGAGGCAGGAGUAUGUGGUGAACGACUAUGGCUUCAUCUACCAAGGAAACAAGAACUGGAUCCGUCCAUGCCCCUGGAAUUAUGGACAAUUUGAAGACAAUAUUGUAGACAUCUGCCUGGAGCUGCUGGACAAGAGCCUGAACUUCCAUGUGGAUCCAUCCACAGACUGUGCUCUGCGGGGCAGCCCUGUCUAUAUCAGCAGAGUGGUGUGCGCCAUGAUCAACAGCAAUGAUGACAGUGGCGUGCUCAAUGGCAACUGGAGUGAGAAUUAUUCAGAUGGGGUCAACCCUGCAGAAUGGACAGGCAGUGUGGCCAUCCUGAAGCAGUGGCAUGCCAUGGGCUGUCAGCCGGUGCGCUAUGGGCAGUGCUGGGUCUUUGCUGCUGUCAUGUGCACAGUGAUGCGGUGCCUUGGGAUCCCCACCCGUGUGAUCACCAACUUUGACUCUGGCCACGACACAGAUGGAAACCUGGUCAUAGAUGAGUAUUACGACAGCACAGGCAGGAUUCUGGACAACAAGAAGAAGGAUAGCAUCUGGAAUUACCACGUGUGGAAUGAGUGCUGGAUGGCCCGCAGGGACCUCCCUCCUGGCUAUGGGGGCUGGCAGUUACUGGACGCCACGCCUCAGGAGACCAGCAAUGGCCUCUACUGCUGCGGGCCUGCGUCCGUCAGGGCCAUUAAGGAAGGGGAAGUGGACCUCAAGUACGACACGCCUUUUGCAUUUUCCAUGGUGAACGCCGACUGCGUGUCCUGGCUCGUCUACGGAGGGAAAGAGCAGAGACUGCACAGCACCACCAACGCCGUCGGCAGCUUCCUCAGCACCAAGGGCGUCCGCAGCGACGAGCGGGAUGACGUCACUGAGAGCUACAAGUAUGAAGAAGGUUCCCCGCAAGAGAGGCAGGUGUUCUUGAAGGCGCUACAGAAGCUCCAGGCUAGAAGAGUCCCAGACCUUCGAGAAGCAGCUGCACCACUUCCCACCCCCAUGCCACUGAGCCGGAACAGCCCUCGGAGCCUGGACACAUCCUCCCCACCAUCCAGCAACGCUGCCCAGGUCUCCCUGAAAUUCAAGCUUGUCGACCCACCCAACAUGGGCCAGGACAUAAACUUGGUCCUGCUGGCUAUCAACAUGUCACACCAGUUCAAGGAUCUCAAGGUGAACCUGAGUGCCCAGUCCUUGCUGCAUGAUGGUAGUCCCAUGGCCCCGUUCUGGCAGGACACAGCAUUCAUCACACUCUCACCUGAAGAAGCGAAGACCUACCCCUGCACAAUCCCCUAUUCCCAGUACAGCCAGUACCUGUCCACAGACAAGCUGAUCCGCAUCAGCGCCCUGAGUGAAGAGAAGAACAGUCCAGAGAAAAUCCUGGUGAACAAGAUCAUCACCUUGGCAUACCCAAGCAUCAUGAUUAAUGUCCUAGGAGCAGCCAUUGUGAACCAGCCACUCUCCAUUCAGGUGAUAUUUUCUAACCCCCUCUCAGAGCAGGUUGCGAAUUGUGUGCUGACUGUGGAAGGCAGUGGCCUCUUCAAGAAACAGCAGAGAGUCCUCAUCGGAGUCCUCAAGCCCCAACACAGGGCAAGCAUCACUCUGAAGACUGUUCCUUUCAAGAGUGGCCAAAGGCAGAUCCAAGCUAAUCUGAAGAGUGACAAGUUUAAGGACAUCAAAGGCUACAGGAACGUAUAUGUAGACUGUGGGUUGUAA